CAGGAUGACUGCGAGAGGGCGCUGGUGAUAAUCUACACAUGAACAUCGCUAUUCGCGUGGUUGCAGACGCCACACUCACGAUAAGUGGAGAGUAACAUGAGGACAGUUGCGUGAAUCAAACUCUUUGUUCCAAGCUUCCUAUGUACAUGGGAGAGAUAGUGUUUUAUACGAGAACGUCAACUAUCUGUACUAACAUGAUGUUUUGUAGAGGGAAAUCGGCAUCUGCUGAUCAGGAGAACACACAAUGACCUUGGUGCUAUCAUCCACAAUUUUUAGCCAUUCUUCAAUCUCCAAAUUUAGACUGCUGACAGAUACACCUAGGAUCUAUACUAUGCCUUGUGGAUUUGACUGUGAUCCUCUGGACUUUGAAGAAUCUAUGUUAUCAGAGAAGUGGAAAACACAAAAUCAGGUGGUCUCGAACAAUUAUGUCAACAAAGCAAUAAGUGGGCCUGGGGAAGACAGCUGUUCAACACCAGGAGACUCUGCUAGUGGGGAGAACAAAAGAAGGCUCUUCAAACAGGAGGAGGAGGGAACUAGUCAAAAUAAACGUCACAAACAUGAAACAGAGAAUCAUGAGUUGAAUGGACUACCCCAGCAAGAAAUAAAUAAAUUCUAUUCUGAAGAUGUCCGUCAUCAGGAUGAUAAGGAUGUUACAGUUGAAGACCUACUCUAUGUACCACGCCGUCGAGUGCCUCUUUUGUGGAAUCCACGCUUGCGCUUGAAAGAUGAGCGCCGAAAAGUGUUAAAAAUGUCAGUGAAUAAAUUAAGACGUAUGAAAGAUCCCGAGGAGUUGCUGCAGAGGUCUGUUUUAAUAAACAAUACCAUUAAAUGUUUGCAGCAAGACAUUCGGGAAGUCUGUCACUCUACUGAACCUCCCAACACGCUUCUAGCUGAUAGUGACAUUAAAAACGUUAGUGAGAAAACAGUCGAAUUUGACGUAGAGCCAACUGGCAGAUCUCGGAGUGAUAGUGUUAGCUUCAGUAGUAGUAUUAGUAGUGAUGAAGAGAGAUGUUGUAACAUAUUCGAUCAGGUGUUUACUACGAGUGAGGAAAACAGUGCAUCUCAUAUGCACAAUACUGCUGUUACCAAUAAAAUACCAGUCAAGACGAGAGAAGUUGAUUCUCAUCCUUCUCCUAAUUUAUCAGACCUCGGAAGUCAGAAAUAUAGUGUGAGUGUCGAGCAGUCAGACAGACUUUUUAUUCGGGGAGUAUCAGUUCUAGAUUCUGUUGUCUAUCACAGUUUAUUAGCGUCUCUAGAAUCAUGAUGCAUAAAAAUAUCGUAUGAAUUUAAAUAAUAAUAGUUUCUUUGUUCUCAAAAAUGCAAAGUAGAAGUUUCGACUGUUUGAGAGGUCGCAUUCAGACGACGAAAACCGCUGCCACCUGGCCUACUUCCUCAGUUUAUUUAUUUAUUUUUUUCAGUGUUUCAUGCUUCGUCUUAUCGAUCUUUGCUUUGUGAAGGACGUUCACGACAGGAGUCUGGUGUUGAAGUUAAACCUGUUUCGCACGCAGGUGUUUUCUCUUUAGAUGAGUUUUCCUUUUUCUAAGAACCAGUGACUAGUAACCAAGAACUAAAUGAUACAGUUAAGUGAAAAAGGCCAGCUUUUACAAACGAUAUUGAGUUUUUCUUUCUGUAAUAUAGCUUGUUUUUGAAUAGAUUUGAAACGCGACUAAACUUAUAUUACUUGAUUUCAAAAUUAUUUUGAACUUAUUUUCACACUGCUUCUAAAGGAUUAUUUAACUGAGUCGUUUAAAAAAUAUAGCCUUAGAUCUCUAGAUCGUCUUGUUCGUUGUUAUAAAGCGUAUAUAAAUAUAAUAGGCUUAACUUAGGCUUAAGUUAUUGAAUACUGCAUUAUUUUGAU